AUGAGAAAAUAUGAUCAAAUAUUUGACGAAAUCAAUCUUACCUGUAAUGACAAAGUAUUAGAAAUUGGUUGUGGUUGGGGAGCUUGUGCUAUACGUGCUGUCAAAUGUCACAAAUGCAAGUGGACAGGCUUGACAAUUUCGAUAGAACAAUUUAAAAUUGCUCAGCAAAGGAUAAUUGAUAAUGAAUUAGUGGAUAAAAUUAAUAUCAAAUUAUUGGAUUAUCGAUUAGAAAAUGAUAUUUACGAUAAAAUUAUUGCAAUUGAAAUGAUUGAAGCAGUUGGACAUCAAUAUUUACCGCAAUUUUUUAAAACGUUACGUGAUCGAUUACGUCCUGGUGGUAAGGCAUACUUGCAGGCAAUAACAUGUCCUGAAUUGAACUACGAGCGCUAUUGUCGAUCAAGUGAUUUCAUCAAGAAAUAUAUAUUUCCCGGUGGACAUUUGCCAUCUGAGCGAGCAAUUCGAGAUGCAUUACCGCCAGAAUUAUCAAUUACAAAAACAAUUCAUAUUGGACAACAUUAUGCGCCAACUUUAGAUUUAUGGUAUUGGUAA